AUGGAUAACAUCUUAUGCUGGAAUGUAAGGGGAUUGAGCAGGAAGCAAAAACAGCUAAAAGUGAGAGUGAUGAUCUCUUCUCACAAAGCUAAACUAUUCAGUUACCUUCAAACUAGGGCGAAGGCUUCAAAAAUGGGUGAUCUCUAUUUGAACCUUUGCCCUACUUGGUGUUUUUCUACAAACAGUAGUUGCCACAACAAUGGGAGGAUUGUUAUUGCUUGGGAUGCAUCUGCUUUUACCAUUGAUAUCAUUCAUAUGACUAGCCAGGUCAUUCACUGUUCUGUUACUCCCUCCUCCACUCAGGAUUCCUUCUUUUGCACCUUUUUCUAUAGAUUGAAUACAACUAGGGAAAGGGAAGCUUUAUGGAACACUCUAUCAGAACUGGCUAGGGUAUGCAGUACCUCUUCUUGGAUCACUAUAGGGGAUUUCAAUGCCAUUAUGGAGUUGGAAGACAGGAUUGGGUCCAGGGUUAGAUUGAGUGAAGUGCAACCUAUGAUACAAUGUAUGGCUUUUUGUCAACUCACUACCAUCAAAACUGUGGGGAGAAAGUUCACUUGGAAUAACAAGCAAGAUGGGGUUGACAGGGUGUUCACAAGGAUUGACAGGGUGUUAGCCAACUCCAACUGGGGUGAUUGUUUUGAGAAUGCAGAAGCUUGCUUCUUACCUGAGGAAGAUUUUGACCACUGUCCCAUGGUUCUUAAUACUCACAAAAUUGAUGCUGUGAAGAGACCUUUUAGGUUCUACAAUAUGUGGACCUCUUCUCCAAAAUUCCUAGAGAUUGUUCAGACACACUGGUGCAAAUGUAAGGAUGUGUUCCUGCCUGCUCAGAAGCAGCUUCAUUCCAACCCUACUAAUUGUGAGAUGGCUACUGCUGAAAGAGACUCUGCUGAACAAUACAGAGCUGCCAAAGAAAAUUAUGACUCUUUUAUGCAUCAGAGAGCAAAACUCCACUGGCUAGAACAUGGUGAUGAAAACUCCAAAGCUUUUCACCAAAGCAUCAAGCAAAGAAGAGAGCAGAAUCAGAUCUAUUCCUUGCAAACUGGUGAUGGAGAAUGGAUCAACACAGUGAAGGGGUUCAGAAGGCUUUUUUGGACUUCUACAGCAAUCUUUUCAGGUCAUCCAUGGCUCACAGUAUUCAUUGUCAUUCAAGACUUUUUCAGAACUGGAAAACUCCACAAAGAAAUCAAUGUUACUUCAACCACCCUGAUUCCAAAAGUGAGUGUUCCAUCUUCAGUGAGUGACUUUAGACCAAUUGCCUGUUGUUCUGUAGUUGACAAAUGUAUUUCAAAGCUCCUGUGUGCCAAGCUCAACUCAGUGCUGCCUGACAUCAUAUCCCCAAACCAGGGUGCCUUUGUAGCUGGCAGAUCAAUCUUGCAUAAUGUUCUGGUGUGUCAGGACAUCAUUAAAAUGUACAGAAAAUGGCAAAAACGGGCCAACUGUUUUAUGAAACUGGAUCUUAAAAAUGCCUAUGAUACUGUAGAGUGGGAUUUCAUUGGUGAAAUCAUGACAGAACUGGGGUUCCCUAAUCACUUCAUUCAACUCAUCAUGACUUGCCUCACUACAACUCAGUAUUCUAUACUAAUUAAUGGAGCUCCUACUACACUCAUUCAACCAAAGAGAGGUCUGAGGCAAGGAGACCCCCUCUCUCCCCUUCUCUUUACCCUGUGUAUGGAAUAUUUUUCCAGAGCCAUGGCUACAGUAGGGGAUCACCCCAUCUUUCAUUUCCAUUCCAGAUGCAGGAGCUUAAAACUGAAUCAUCUAUGUUUUGCUGAUGAUCUCCUUAUGUUCUGCAAGGGGGACAAGUCAAUGAUCCAAGUUAUGCUACAAGGUUUCCAACUGUUUGCUGACACUACUGUACUCCAAGUUAAUUCAGCAAAGUCCUCUCUUUACUGCUGUGGAAUGAAUGAUAAUGCUAUAAAUGAAAUUGUGAACCUCUCUGGAUUUCAAGUGGGCAAGUUGCCUUUUAAAUACUUGGGUGUGCAUGUUAGUCCCUGGAAGCUCAAAACUGGUGACUGUGAUUGUCUGGUGGACAAAAUGACUCACAGAAUUAAAGUUUGGAGCUCUAGGAACCUGUCUUUUGCAGGAAGAGCUCAGCUGAUUAACUCUGUCCUCAUGAGAAUUUAUGUGUACUGGUCCCAAUUGUUUAUUUUUUCCUAA